AUGGAAAACAUGAUGAUGAAUGAUGAAUCCUUGUCGAGGUAUUCAAGAAGGUUCACCUUUGGCUGGAGUCAGGGAGAACCAUCAUCAUAUGACACCAGGCCCUUCUUCCCACCAGGGCUUCUUGAUGACGACCUUGAUCCAUCUUUGCUGAGUCGCUUGGGAGACUGGGAGUCCAAUGAAGAUGGUGAUUUCGACAGACUCCGGCUGCUAGAUAGCGACCUCCGCCUUGUGACUCGUGGAGACACACGAGGCUUGGACACAUUAACUGGGGAACGACUGCGAACAGGGCUGCGGCUGUAA